AUGACUGUGGUUAUUUCCUGCUGCACUAACUUGCGCUGCCUGGCCGCCACUCGCAGCUCCUCCACGGCGCUGCGCUCCCUCCUCCUCGGACUCGCUCGCCCCGCAGGCCUCCGUCGAGCUUCACACGGACUCAAAAGUCGUCCAUUUUCCCUCCCCCUUUUUUGUUGGACCCACUCGGGGGGAAAAACAGAAAAAGCCAAGCCAGCGCUUAUCAUGGCGACAGCGGCGGUGUCUGCCCCGGCCGGUGGCCCCAGCCCGGGGACCGAGCUGGUGCGCGGGCAGGCGUUCGACGUCGGGCCUCGCUACAGCAACCUGUCGUACAUCGGCGAGGGAGCCUACGGGAUGGUGUGUUCGGCAUACGACCGCGACAACAAGCUUCGCGUGGCCAUCAAGAAGAUCAGUCCCUUCGAGCACCAGACGUACUGCCAGCGCACACUGCGCGAAAUCAAGAUCCUGCUGCGCUUCAAGCACGAAAACAUCAUCGGAAUCAAUGACAUCAUACGCACGCCCACCAUCGACCAGAUGAAGGAUGUUUACAUCGUGCAGGACCUGAUGGAGACGGACCUGUACAAGCUGCUGAAGACCCAGCACUUGAGCAACGACCACAUCUGCUACUUCUUGUACCAGAUCCUGCGAGGCCUCAAGUAUAUCCACUCUGCCAACGUUCUGCACCGUGACCUCAAGCCCUCCAACCUCCUUCUCAACACAACUUGUGAUCUCAAGAUUUGUGACUUUGGUCUGGCUCGCGUGGCCGACCCAGACCACGACCACACCGGCUUCCUGACGGAGUAUGUGGCCACACGCUGGUACCGAGCGCCCGAGAUCAUGCUCAACUCUAAGGGCUACACCAAGUCCAUAGACAUCUGGUCAGUUGGCUGCAUCCUGGCUGAGAUGUUGUCGAACCGGCCCAUCUUUCCUGGGAAGCACUACCUGGAUCAGCUCAAUCACAUUCUGGGUAUCUUGGGUUCUCCUUCCCAGGAGGACCUCAACUGCAUCAUCAACGUCAAAGCGAGGAACUAUUUACUGUCUCUGCCGCUGCGCUGCAAAGUGCCCUGGAACCGCCUCUUCCCCAAUGCUGAUGCCAAAGCAUUGGAUCUGCUGGACAAGAUGCUCACCUUCAACCCACACAAAAGGAUUGAGGUGGAGGAGGCCCUGGCACACCCCUACUUGGAGCAAUACUACGACCCCACCGACGAGCCUGUCGCCGAGGCGCCGUUCAAGUUUGACAUGGAGCUGGAUGACCUCCCCAAGGAGACGCUGAAGGAGCUCAUCUUUGAGGAGACUGCACGUUUCCAGCCCGGGUUUCGAUCCUAACACCUCACACCAGAUGAUUCGCCGCCAACGGAAUCCCCCCUAACCCCUGGCUCCUACACGCUGUUGUUGCUGUUUUUUGUGCUUUUUAAAAAAAAAAAAAAAAAAAAAAAAUAUUAUUCUUCGGUUUUGGUUCCCAGAAUCCUCAGCUGUCGCUUGUCAAGUCCACUUUGCUCAGGAAUGGCGUCAGGAAUCAAUCAGUCUGUGGUUCCGGGAUGAGGGAGAGUGAUUUUUCAUCUCGCCCCCACCCCAGCCCCCUCCUUUAAAAGGCUUUUUUGUCGUCGCCUGCUCAUCAUGCAGCCCCCCGAAAAAAACCGAGCAAUUUAUGCAAAGAGUCGACUUCAUCAGCCACAAAAAAAGCCAUGGUUCUUGCGGUUCUCCUCUAGAAUCGUCCUUUUAUUGUACAUGAAGCUUCUAUUUUAGCCUUUGCGGGGUCAGCACGGGACAGUCUUAAUGUGUUUGAAAGGGAAAGAAAGAAAAACACCCCCCAUUGUUUAUCCUUUCUAAAUAGUAAAAAUAUGUUUGUGUUGGGAAACUGACUAUAUUUUCCUCGUGUGCGUGCAUGUGUGCGUGGCCUGCUGAGAAGACGUGUGCCCCUCUGCAUGACUGUUAGCAGCUGUGUAUACAAAGAGCAUGUCAAGUGCCACACGGGCCUUUACCGUUCCGCCUCCAACACGGUGCUUCAGCGUCCUCAUUUUGACUUGUUUUUUCUUUUUUUAAUUUAGCUCGGCCGUCGUCCGCCCGCGACCAAUUGCGUCACACGAGUAGCUCCUACGAGAGCUUGAAAUUCCGCUUUCUGGUGUCCGUGAAUGCAAUUCGAUAACUCUUAAAAAAGGUUCUAGUCCACUUUAUAAACGCAGCACUUAAGCUCCAAGUAGCUGGCAUCUAACUAACAAGCUGUGCGAGGACACUGCUUUGGCUUAUAGGAGUGAAUGCAGCACGACAACUUUCAAAAAGCCAGUGGUCUGUUCAAUAUUUAAACACUUCAACUUAGCUGCUUGCUUAUCUGUUUGAGAAUCUGCAAGGAUAGUUUGGGAUGAUGCUCCCCACCCCACCCCCACGAACGUGAAAAGUUCAAUAAACUCGACUCAAAAGUACUUUUAUUUCUUGAAAUGCUGUGUUUUCCAUCAAGAAUUAAAUAAAAAGGAAGACAAACUAAUUUGACUCGAAAGUUAUUUUUUUGGCUAUGGAUUCUUGGAAUUGAGCCACGGCAAACUUGAGGGGGCUAACUCCAUUUUGGGCAUUUUGCAGGAGAGUUUAAUUUCAUGACGAUGACGAUCUAUCAGCUUUAUUUCUUUAUUUAUAUGGCAAUGAUUACUUCUAGAUACUUGUUUUUACAGAAGUUGUGCUUUUUCCUCAGGUUUUGACAUUUUGGUCUUGGAUCACACUUGCAAAAUUGAACAAAAAAAAUAAAUAAACAAGUAGACCUACACCAAAAGCCUGUUUUUUAAUGGGUGCGGCCUUCUUGAAAAUGGCCCAGUUGUUGCGCUGAAAAAUCAAGAGUGCAAUAAAGAAAUUCCCCCUAAAUAUCAACAUUGAUUUAGACCAGUGUACAUCUGAAAGAUAUGCCUUUUCUCUAUUCUGCACUUACAUGACAAAAGUGGAGUUGGCACACUCACUCGAGUUCUCCGUGGCUCAACUAGCUCGCAAUUGAUUAGAGCUCCCCUCCUCAAUGCUCAUCUAUUUGGGAUGCCGCUUUUCCCCAAAAAAACAUGAUUGCAGCACCAACAAGUUCAACUCCCAAGUAAUUUUGUUUUGUGGGAUGCUGCUUUUUCCAACAAGCUAGACUGGAAAGUCAUUUUAUUUUUGGAAGCUGUGUUCCCCCCCCCACCCACAAACAUGAAUACAGCAUGAAGACCAACAAACUCAACUCAAAAAUGUGUUAGCAACACGUACUUGUAAUUAGCAGCCAGCUAACUAACUAGCAUACAGGCACUCCUUUCGCUAUUUGACGUGGCUUUUUCCCCUAAACUGGUGAAUGCAGUACAAAGACCAGCAAACUAGACUGGAAAGUAAUUAGUUUUUUGUGGGCGCUGCUUUUCCCCACAAAGAAGAAUGCAGCACAACGACCACUAAAUUAAACUCAAGAAGAAGAAAAAAAUUCUGAUGCUGCUAUGACCCACAAACAUGAAUGCAGCAUGAGUACCAACAAACUCAACUCAAAAGUGUUUUUUAACAACACUUAAUUGACAAGUAAUUGCUUCAAUUAAGUAGGUGUGUCCUAGCCAGUUGUUAAAGGAACAAUCAACUUAAAAUGACUCAUUUAGCACUUUGUUAGCUGAGCAGAUAUUUAAAACAAAAAUAACUACAAAUCAUCAAACGCUCCUGCGGUGGCGGCGGCCUGUAGACAUAUACGGAAAUAUACGCAUACUUGUUUGGGGGAGGCGUUCAUAGGCACCGGGAAGCAGCAGCGCGGUUUGUGUGCUGAUUAGCGCUUGUGCUUCAUUCUUUUGUGUCUGUUUGUGCCUUCUUUGACGAUUCCGUGUGCAGCUUCUAAUGUGAUCAAAUCAAGUUAAAAAAAAAAGAGCUUUGUACAUUUUAAAAGACUUGUUGCCACCGUUGUGUGUCUGUGCGUGCGCGAUUUGUGAAGAAAAGCAUUUCUAUUUUUCCCUUUCUUUCCCCCUUUUUGUGCAGAUAUUUUUGUCCGAUGAAUGUUUUCUUUCUAUCAGACACUAAAUGAUCUUGUUGCUUCACUUCCUGUGUUUUGAUUAAUUGUGAAGAAAGAAAAAUGAUUUAAAAAUGAAAAAAAUGUCCACCUUGUGUUUUUUAAGGUGUCUGCCUUGACAUUGUUGUUGGGUUUUUUGGGUCAGUUUUAUUUUGUCGUUGUGAAAAGAUUUGCUCUUAUUGUUGAAGACUGUUUUUAAAAAGUGAAUAAUGAAAUGGUCUUUUUCAAGCCAAUAAGAAGAAAAAGACACACUAACAAAGAAAAGUCAACAAUCAGUAUUGAAGUGACUGGACCGCUCUCAACAAUCAACACAUACACAAUUGCCAAAUAACUUUCUUUCUUUGGAGCAACCAAUUCUAAAUGUAUUAAAUUAGAAAAUCAAUAAAAGUGUUUUCCCCCAAAA